AUAAUUGCCUUUGAUGAACUUCGGACAGACUUCAAAAGCCCAAUAGAUCAGUGCAACCCAGCCCACGCAAGAGAACGACUGAGAAAUAUUGAGCGUAUUUGCUUCCUCCUGAGAAAGCUGGUGUUGCCGGAGUACUGUAUCCAUAGUCUUUUCUGCAUAAUGUUUUUGUGUGCACAGGAGUGGCUCACACUGGGGUUAAAUGUUCCUCUGCUUUUUUAUCAUUUCUGGAGGUAUUUUCGUUGCCCAGCAGAUAGUUCAGAGCUAGCAUAUGAUCCACCUGCAGUCAUGAAUGCAGAUACCUUGAGUUACUGUCAAAAAGAGGCCUGGUGUAAGCUAGCUUUCUACCUCCUUUCCUUCUUCUACUAUCUGUACUGCAUGAUCUACACUUUGGUGAGCUCUUAA